GCAAAUAAAGUAUUGGACCAUUGGGAAGACGAUAUCCGUUGACUCCCACCGCCACUGACCACUCGGCGGCGUUUAGAAUAGAUUGGAGAUGGCGCUGGACAAGCGAAGAGUUAGCGUCACAGGAGCUGGAGGGUACCUUGGUUCUUGGGUCGUCAAGCUUCUCCUCUCCAACGACUAUAUUGUUCACGGAACUCUUAGAGACCCAUUGGAUGACAAGUAUGCUCACUUGAAGAAGCUUGACAAGGCAUCAGAGAACCUAAAACUCUUCAAGGCGGACCUACUGGACUACGACUCCCUAUACUCUGCAAUUGUAGGAUGCAGUGGAGUCUUCCACGUUGCCAGCCCCGUUCCUUUCACCCCUGCAUCAAAUCCUGAGGUAGAAGUUCUUGAGCCAGCAGUGAGGGGCACACUAAAUGUACUGAAAGCAUCCAUUGAAGCUAAGGUUAGGCGAGUGGUUGUGGUGUCCUCUGUAGUUGCUGUUUUCAUGAACCCAAUGUGGCCUAAAGAUCAAGUGAAGGAUGAAACUUGUUGGUCUGAUAAGGAAUAUUGCAGAACAACCAAGAACUGGUACUCUCUCUCAAAAACAGAAGCUGAAAGUGAAGCUCUGGAGUAUGCAAAGAGAAGUGGGCUUGAUGUUGUGACUGUUUGUCCUUCUCUCAUUUUUGGACCACUUCUUCAGCCCACAGUGAAUGCAAGUAGCCUGGUUCUCGUUAAACUUUUGCAGGGUGGAUAUGAGACAACAGUGAAUAAGUGUAGGGACACUGUAGACGUGCGUGAUGUUGCGAAAGCUCUGCUUUUGGUAUACGAGAAGCCUGAGGCUGAAGGGAGAUACAUAUGCAUGGCACAUUCUAUGAUGACAAGGGAUUUAGUUGAGAAACUGAAGGGCAUUAAUCCUAACUACAAUUACCCUAAAAAUUUCACUGAGGUGGCUGAAAAAGAAUUGCUGACUUCAGAGAAGUUGCAGAGGCUGGGCUGGAGUUUUCGGCCGUUAGAGGAAACCCUCAUUGAUUCCAUUGAGAGCUACCGAAAGGCUGGAAUAUUGGACUAAAAUGUGUUCAUUUUGAUUCUCCUUAAAAAAAAAUUCCGGAUGGUGGUUUUUUUCAGAAGAGGAUGUUGCAUAAACGAUUUCUUGUGAACAUUUUGAGCUUGGAUACAUAAUCAAUCUGGUCUUGUGUUUCAUAUUCCCAUUGAAUUACUCUGUUGGUCUUGUUCCUUUGAAGCUUUAUGAGAGGGGAUUUGAGCUGUUGGCCCUCA